CAAUUAACACGAUUUUGAUUCACUAAUUGCCAUUUUUUCUCACUUCUACAAGCAAACAAACAAAACAAAAAAAGUCACAAAACUUGAGCACUCCUUCGUUCCAAGUUCCACCUCUUCUUCACCCUUGGUUCUUCCUUUUCUCCACUCUCACGCAAACACCUUACACCACAUUUCCCGGGAAUCUCAUUUUUCAUUUCAUUACAUUAUCAUUACCAUUAUUACCCACUUCUUUAGUUCACAUUCUCUCUCCCUUAUGUCUUUACGCUCACACCAUCAUCACUUGAACUAAACACAAUGUCUCUCUUUCUCACUCUCUCCUUCUUCUUAUGCUUCCUCUUCACCACCGCUGGGAACACUCUUGCUCCUCCCUCACCCUCAUUCCCACACGGUCUUGCUUACCACAUCGACUGCGGCAGUCCAACGAACAGCACUGACCCGUUUAACACCACGUGGCUCUCCGACCGCUACUUCAGCGGCGGCGCCGCCGCGAUCGUGUCGGAGCCGCUGCGCUUCCGUCACGCGCACGAGAAGACGCUCCGCUACUUCCCAAUCUCCUCCGGGAAGAAGAACUGCUACGCAAUUCCCUCGCUGCCGCCCUCGCGCUACCUCCUCCGCACGUUCGUCGUCUACGACAACUACGACGGCAAGUCGCACCCUCCCUCCUUCGACGUCGCCGUCGCCGGCACCGUCGUCUUCUCCUGGCGCUCCCCGUGGCCCCAGUCCGUCGCGCGCGACGGCGCCUACGCUGACCUCUUCGCCGCAUUCGCUUCCUCCGAAGCCCUAAUUUGCUUCUACAGCUUCGCCACCGACCCUCCGGUGGUCUCCUCGAUCGAGCUCUUCGCCGCCGAUCCGGCCUCCUACGACGUCGCCGCCAUCGGCGACAACGGAACGGUGCUCGUCAACUACGGGAGGCUCUCCUGCGGCUCCGACCAGUGGGGGCCGGGGUUCUCCAACGACUCUGACCGGUUCGGCCGCUCGUGGCAGUCCGAUUCGGAGUUCCGAACCGGCCGGAGCAGGGUCGUCGCCGUGUCCACGCGGAAUGGCAUCAGCGGGACCGAUCAGAAGCCGAAUUACUUCCCGGAGAAGCUGUACCAGAGCGCCGCCGCGACGGCGGCGACGGCCGAGGAGGGUGACGGGGUUUUGGAGUACGAAUUGAGCGUGGACGCGAAGCUUGAUUACUUGGUGUGGCUGCAUUUUGCGGAGAUUGAAGGGAGGGUGAGGAGGGCCGGGGAGAGGGUGUUUGAUGUGUUCAUCAAUGAUGAGAAUUUGACUAGGGUUGAUAUUUACAAGCAAGUAGGGGGUUUUGCUGCGUUUACUUGGCAUCACACGGUGAAGAAUUUGAGUAGCAGCAUGUUAAGCGUGAAGCUUGUGGGGGUGGUGGGUGCGCCUUUGAUUUGUGGGAUUGAGAAUUAUGCUUUGGUGCCUAGUGAUCCUUCCACAGUUCCUCAACAAGUGGUUGCCAUGAAAGCAUUGAAAGACUCGCUCAGGGUUCCUGAAAGAAUGGGUUGGAAUGGAGAUCCUUGUGCUCCUACUAAUUGGGAUGCUUGGGAGGGAGUUACAUGCCGUAUGAGCAAGGAUAAUACUGCUCUUGUGAUAAGUCAAAUUGAUUUGGGCAGUCAAGGCUUGAAAGGGUUCAUAAGUGACCAGAUUAGUCUUUUGUCAGACUUGGUAAGCCUGAACUUGAGUUCUAAUUUGUUGGUCGGUGAUAUACCUUUGGGACUCGGGCAGAAAUCCCUUAUACACCUGGACUUGUCCAGCAAUCAGUUAACAGGCUCCAUACCAGAUAGUAUAGCCUCUUCAGGUUUGCAGCUCGUGCGAUUGAAUGAUAACUUAUUGGAAGGGCGGGUACCAGAGGAACUUUAUUCAAUUGGUGUGCAUGGUGGAGCUAUAGAUCUAUCUGGCAACAAAGGUUUGUGUGGUGUACCAUCUCUACCAGCUUGUCCUAUGUUUUGGGAAAAUGGAAAAUUAUCUACUCCGGGUAAAGUUGCAAUAGGCUUGUCCUGUCUUUUUGUUUUCUGUGCAAUACUGCUUCUGGUCUAUAUUUACAUCAGGAGGAGAAGGAAUGACUACGACUUUGCUCUGCCUCAUGAAUUAACUUCAUUAGCCGCCAAGAGAAACCGAUAUCAGAGGCAGAAAUCCUUAAUGGUUCUCGAGAUGGAGAGUCAACACGCCAAGGCACUACCUUCACAUUUUACUACACAAUAACCAUUUAUUUUAAUGGAAACGGAAUAUUGAUAUUCAUAGUUUUCGGCCAAACAUACAACGACACAUCUUAGAGAAAGGGUUUGAACGUGUUGCAGCAUCGAUGCCUAGCCAUGAUGUAACAGCACUGCGGCUUUAGGAAAGAAAUGGCUUUUCUCGUACAACUUUCUUUGUCUCGUCAAGGUUUCUGGAAGCCACUUAUUGUACCGUGCAUGCUCCCCCUGUAUGACAUUGUUUCUUGACCCUUCAAACAAAGGCAUAUACCCUGUGAUGUCAAUACAUAGCCGCAGCUUUUGCUGAAUAUGUGAUAGGUACAACCCAUUAAUGUAUGAAAUUUCAGCCACAAGUUAGUGUCCAUUUUUCCAUGGCAAAUAGAUUCUGGUUGACUCCUAACAUUGUAUACCGAUUUAUGUAGCAAAAGAUAGGUGAUUGGACUUUGCUGUACAA